AUGGGUCGUCGAAUCAUCUCCAGCAGCUGUCACCCGGCAGAGCGGAAAAACGGCGACUUUGCGGCUCUCUAGCGGCUGUCACCCGACAGAGAGGAUUUGAACAGAGGUAGGGCGCAUGUCAAGGAGCUUCAUCCUCAGGUCCACACAGCAAGAGGAGGCUCUUCACCGCAUCCGGUAUGCUCUUAGGAGGUGGCGACUCGUCUCCCAGCGGAUCGUCCUCUUCCCAAUGACAGCUUGUUCGUCGAUCAAUCAGAGAUGCUUUACUCGAUAGAUUCGCGAUCCUUUUACUGCAAACCAUUCAGCAAUCUUAGUAACAAUGCUCUGCAAACCGUGUUGAUGAGAUUUUUGCCGCUGAUCCAGCGAUUAUGGCGGCUUAAUCAUUCGCCGGCGAUAUGCAGGAAAGUUGCGAUUUAAUGAGAUAAAAAUAAGAGUGUUGGCUCUGAGAGGAUUCGAACCUGCGCCAGUUGCCUCCCCCCCCCGCACUCUCUAGGGAAGGUGGCGUGGGUUUAGUCCCACAUCGGUUGUGCGCCGAAGUUUUUGGUGAAUAUAAAGUAAUACUACAUUUUUUAUCAACUUUUUCCUACGUGUACGAUCAUUCCUUGCCCCACAGCCGGUUGGCCACCGGUGACGUGGACGGGGGGAGUGGCCCACACUUGCCCCCAUUGGCGAUUUAAGCCACUCGAGCAUCUACUCGCAGCUCCCGCUUGACUACGCUUCCGACCCGCUUGAGGGCCCGGUGGGUCCCCCCCAUUUUGUUAUAUUUUUAUUUUAAUUUCUACUUCUUCAUUUAUCUCAAAAAUAGGAUUAUAAAAAUCAUGUAAAUUCGCAUAAAAUCACAUAAUUAGCCAAAAUAUCACAUUAAUCAACUGCAAACUACUUUUCACACUUUAACACAAAUAUAAGUCUAUUUAUCAUGAGUUAAGGUGAAAACUAUAUUAUUUACUUAUUAUUAACUCAUGAUAAUGAAGACUUAUUAACCCCCCGUAUUGUAUCUUUUUAUUUUAUUUUUCUUCAUCUAUCUCAUGAUAAUGAAUUCUUGUCAGGUAUGGAUCAAUUUUAUUGAUUUAAUUUUUCAUGCAUGAAAUAUGAUGUAAGAAAUUUGUGAAGUAGAUAGUUUUGGCUGUUCUGUUUUCUUUUUUUAGUUCUAUUUUCCAAAAACUAUAUUAUUUACUAAUUAUUAACUCAUGAUAAUGAAGACUUAUCAGUCAACAAGACAUGUACAAAAAGUUUUCCCCGAGUCUGUGAACUACAAGCCAGGAGAGGACGUCCUAGACUUUGCCCCCUGUGCAGGGCUCGAAGGUCUGCACCCGCAUUCUCUAUUUUCUGAAGCACUGGCCAUGAGUAACCUGUGCUGCCCAUCGUGUGUUCUUAGUCUUAUGAUGGAAAUGGUGAAGAACAUUGAAGAAUCAAUGCUAAGUUCCAAUCUAAUGGAGUGCCCAUUUUUAGGGAAUUUCGGGUGCUCUCAAAAGUUGUUCUCACGUUUGCAGACCAGAAAACCUGGACUUGUACUUACUACUGUACGGCUGGAGAAAAAUGAGACAGUAGAAGUCGUCGAGUUUCAUGAGCUGGUCGAGUAACUGCAAUGCAGAAUCCUUGCAGUUUUUAAGGGUUAAUCUUAUGUAUUCACGUAUUUAUAAUAUUCGAUGACUAUCUUCUUUGUAGGGUCGAUUCUUCCAUAGAUCUCCAGUGUAAAGUCAUCCCCCAUAUGCGUUUCUUCUUAUAUUAGUGCAUUGGCCCAUUAAAUGAAUGGACGGGAGAAACUUUCUCCUGUUUGUAUGUUUCAGUCAGAGGGAGAGAGAGAGGGAGGGAGAGAGAGAGAGAGAGAGAGAGAGAGAGAGGAGAGAGAGAGAGGGAAAGGGAGGCGGUGAGAGCGCCACAUUGCCGCAUUAUUCCGCAUGAAGGGCGGGCAACCGAUUCUCGUGGACGCGUGUGACUCUGCUCGUAGGCCUCCAACAGCACAAAACAAUUAAUAUCCCCCCCUACCACAUCCUGCUCGACGCCCGCCCCAUCGACCGAGCUCUCGGACUUCCAAGCGGCCGGAACCAUUGCCUGGUACAUCUGCUCUUUUCCUCCACCGAUGAUUGAGCUCUUCAUCUUAAUCUGCCAUUUUUCCCGAAGAUUACAGGCUCUUUAUACUGUUUCUUUGACGAUUUCCCCGAAUGUUUGAAGAGAUGUUAACCGAAAGUUUUCGAUCCUGGUCUUCGUCCGCUCGUUUCCUUUCAUCUUUUCCUCUCCCUCCGAUUCGUCGAUCAUCACAUUUACGGCACACCACCGUGGAAUAAAUAAACUCUACCCUGCAGAUUUGCUGUGGGCUGUCGCGUUUAUUCCUGCCGUUUCGGUGAGGAGAAGCCAACCAGAUAUCUCAUUGCACGAUUCGCGUCCACUCAGAUUUCAUUCCCCUAUUUUUAGCGGAUCCAACACCCGCACUGUCUGAUCAGAAGGGCGGAAGCACGUCUCCCGCUGCAUCCUCGAAACAACACGAAGCCCUGAACUCUAGGAGCACUGAAGCCUGGCUUAGAGGAAAACGCUCAGGGGGAAGGCCACAGCCAGAAUAUGGAAGGCUCAGUGGACGUGACUGAAGACCCACUGGUGCACUCUAUCAAGGCACAGAUUUCAGAGGCAGAUGAUCUGGACGCCAAUUCGCGAUUUAAAAAGCCCAUCAUCCACAGGAUGCGGACCCACGUUAGGGACGAGGACCCUGGUGCAUGUCGGCCGAAGGUCGUAUCCAUCGGGCCGUUUCACCAUGGAGACGCCUCCCUCCGUAAGAUGGAGACACUUAAACGCAAAUUCACGUACAACCUGUUCAUGAGGAGUCGUUGCAACUGUAUCGAUGGAAUGAUCGACUCGAUAAGGAGGCACGAAGAGGAAGCGAGGGCCUGGUACUCUGAGGAACUUGAGCUGGAUAGCAAUGAGUUCGUUGAGAUGAUGAUUUUCGAUGGCUGCUUCCUCAUAGAGCUAUUUCUGACGUACUUCCGAGAAGGUUGGGUCUUCUUGUGGAGGGAACUGUUUCGUCUGUGUGACACAACCCUUGAUGUCGUGCGCGACGAUUGCCUGAUGAUAGAGAACCAGAUUCCCUUCUUCCUAUUAGAAGAGCUAUUCUUCUUCUCUCGCAUCCGUACCCCCCAUUUGUGGGAAUUAGCCACAGAGUUCCUCGAGGUGAGGAACAUGUUGCCGGAACGUCCUGAGCUAGUAUAUCAUCUGCUCCAUUUGCUUCAUUCAUCCUUGGACCCACGUCUCUACGAUAAUCCGGCCCCAAAGUCAUAUUUCCACAGGACGUUCUGCUGGCUCAGAAACCUCGCCGGGUCUCUCAACCCUGGAUACACUUCCUUGGGCUAUGCAUGGAGGGGAGACUCGGACCAGAUCUCCCAGGUGACGGAGCUCGUGAGAGUUGGUGUGAAGCUCACGAGGACGAGUAUCAAGUCAAGGAUUGGGAGGUACGUUAUCAUGGUCUCAUUCAAGGGGGAGAGUCUUGAGAUCCCCAGCCUCACUUUGGAGGAGUCCACCAAAACCAGACUGCAAAAUCUCAUCAUCCUUGAACUGGUACACCCCCAGGUUGGAGACUACUUUACCUGCUACGCUACCUUGAUGGGCUCCAUCAUCAAAACAGCAGCGGACGUUGAAAUCCUUCGAAGAUGCGGUAUCCUUUAUGGCAAGAUGCAAAAUGACGAGGCAGCUCACAUGUUCAAGAGUCUAUGUAGGAUCGCUAAAUGUGACUGAUUGUUAAUCAUUUUCCACUUGUUUAGUUGAGAAGAUGACCACAAUGGUUAACUAGCCUAGGGUCGGUCAAUCUCAACUUACUUUGCUCAUUCCAAGUGUGGUGUCUUUGUCUAUCCUUGAUGGUAUCAACCAGACAUUUUGUUAUAAAGCACUUUUCUUGUGAAUGAGUACUAGGGAUGAAAUCGAUGAGAAUACAUCUUUCGAGAUCUCAAUCAAUUUAGAAACAAGAAGGGUACGAAAGUAUGCAAUUCUUGCUGAUAAGUCUUCAUUAUCAUGAGUUAAUAAUUAAUUAAUAAUAUAAUUUUAGCCUUAACUCAUAAUAAAUAGACUUAUAUUUAUGUUAAAUUAUGAAAAAUAGUUUUUAAUUGGUUAAUAUGAAAUUUUAGCUAAUUAUGUGAUUUUAUUUAAAUUUAUAUAUAAUUUUUAUAAUAUUUUUUUGAGAUAAAUAAAAUAAAAUAAAAUAAAAAGAUAGAAAAAAAAGGGGGGCACCAGCCAACCAGUCAAACUUGUAAGUGGGUCAGAAGCACAGUCAAGGUGGAGCCACGAGCAAAAGGCCAAUGUGGCUAAAGAUGGAGAGAUAAGGGACACAUGUGUGUCCUCCCCUUCCAUGUCACUAGUGGCCAACCAGACAUUGGGCAACGAGUGGUCAUAUGAUUUGCAAUAUUCAGACUUUAGGGCUUCGGGCCUUGAUAAGUCUUCAUUAUCAUGAGUUAAUAAUUAAUAAAUAAUAUAGUUUUAGCCUUAACUCAUGAUAAAUAGACUUAUAUUUAUGUUAAAUUGUGAAAAGUGGUCUUCAAUUGGUUGAGGUGAUUUUUUGGCUAAUUAUGUAAUUUUAUGAGAAUUUAUAUAAUUUUUAUAAUCUUAUUUUUGAGAUAAAUGAAGAAAAAUAAAAUAAAAAAGAUAAAAAAAGAGGGGGAACCCACCAGCCAGCCGGGCCCGCAAGUAGGUUAGAAGCGCAGUUGACUGAAGCUACGAGCAUGGACUUGAACAGUGAUAAGUCUUCAUUAUCAUGAGUUAAUAAUUAUUAAAUAAUAUAGUUUUAGCCUUAACUCAUGAUAAAUAGACUUAUAUUUGUGUUAAAGUGUGAAAAGUGGUUUUCAAUUGAUUAAGGUGAAUUUUUGGGUAAUUAUGUGAUUUUAUAUGAUUUUUAUAGUUUUACUUUUGAGAUAAAUGAAGAACAAGAAAUAAAAUUAAAAAUAUGGCAAAAUGGGGGGACCCGCAAGCAGGUCGAAAGUGCAGUCGGGGAGUAGCCGCGAGUAGGGGCUCAAGCAGCUUAGCUUGGACCGAUAGGGCACAUGUGCGCCACUCCCCUUCCACGUCACCGGUGGCCAGCCGGCUAUGGGGCAAGGAGUGGUCGUACAUGCGAGAGAAGGGACUUUGCAUACAAAGCUAACAUUACUAUAUAUUCGCCCGAAAAAUCAGCGCACAACUGAUGUGGGACUAAACCCACGUCACACCUUCCUCAGAAGAGGCGGGCGACCGGCACUGGUUCAAAUCCUCCCAGAGUCAAAAUUCAUAUAUUUUUAUCUGAUUAUCGCGACUUUCCUACAGAUCGCCGAUGAAGGAUUAAGCAAUGAGAAUCGCUAGAUCAACAAUGAAAAUCUCGUCAACGUGCUUCGCAAAGCAUUGCUACUAAAAUUGCUAAACGAUUCACGAUAAAAGGAUCGCGAAUCCAUCGAGUAAAUCAUCUCCGAUUGAUCGACGAACAAGCCGUUGUCGGGAAGAGGACAAUCCGUCAAGAGAUGAGUUGCCACCUCUUGAGAGCGUAACAGAUGCAAUGAAGAGCCUUCUCUUGCUGCGUGGACCUAAGGAUGAAGCUCCCUGACAUGCACCCCACCUCUAUCCAGCUCCUCUUCGUCGAGUGACAGCCGCCGGAGAGCCGCAAAGUCACUGUUUUUCCGCUCCACUGGGUGACAGCCACCAGAGAAAACUCGACGACCCAUUUCAGUGAUCCCUAGACUUCGCAAGAAGAUCUAGAGAUUGCCCACGUCGUCUUUGUCCAAAGAGAGCCUUCAAGGCCGUGAACACUACACAAUGAUCCUCCCGAACGCUCAAGAUUCCGGUGCAUCGCCGACGCAUUACCGUCCCGAUACCGGAACUCUGUUUUCCUGAUUUCAAUUUACUUUACAUUUCAUUUAGUGAUAGUUUUUGUGAUUUUAAUUUACCAAAAUAUACUUUGUUCUAUUACAAUUCUUCUGACUUUUAUAGAUAUUAAUUUGAUCAAUUAAAUUGUCUAUAAUCGCUUACGUAAGAAUCGCCAGGCAGAACUUUGUUUCCACCCGAUUCGCAUUCGUCGGGUGCUGACAUCAUCAUGAUGUCCACAUCCUUAUUUCCCUUUUUUGUGAAUUUUAAAUAGAUUUCCUUUUUAUUUCCUAGUAUAAAAUUCAUAGAUAAUCAUAUUUAUUGAGAAAAAUUCUGAAUAAUUAACCAUAUAUUAUAUUACAUCCUAGUGAUCGACUUGGAAAAUUAAUACUAUUUUUAGAACUUUUAUUGAAUUAUAAUCGAUAUAUUUAUUUAGAAAUACUUCUAAAUAUCCAAAAAAUAUAUAUUUUCUAAUUUUAUAAUUUUUAUAUUUGCGUGAUUUAAUAUACAAUGACUGAGUCAUGUCAAGCAGCUAAGGGUGACCGAUUGGGGGCACAUGUGUGUCACACCUUGUCCAUGUCACUAGUGGUCUGUCGUGCGUGGGGCAAGGAGCAAUCGUACACAUGUGAGAAAUGGACCAAUUAACUCUUAAAUCUCGUAUUACUAUAUGUUCAUCUCAAAAUUUGACGUAUAACAAAUGUGGGACUAAAUCAAGGAUCAUUGAAUAUUUUUGAUGAUUUUAAUACCCAUAAUACCCCUUAUUUAUAGCAACAAGAUAUCACAAUGACGUACUAUAUAAAGAUAUUUGAUAACUUAUUUUUCUCUCUCUCAUACUGACAUACUAUUGACGAGGGUUUGAAUUCUACUACAGCUAAAACUCAUAUUUUUCUUUGAUUAAAUUGUACUUUCUAUGUAAAUUUUUGGUGAACAAUUAAGCCACCAUAAUCACUUAAUCAUUGGCAAAAAUUUCAUCAAUGCGAUUCGCAGAGUAGUGUUACUAAAAUUAUUGAAUGAUUUGUGAUAAAAGGAUCGCAAAUCUAUCAAGUAAAUCAGCUCCGAUUGAUCGACGAGCAAGCUGUCGUCAAGAAGAAGACGGUCCGCCAAGAGACGAGUUGUCACCUCUUGAGAGCAUACAAAAUAUAAUGAAAAGCCUUCUCUUGCUUGCACGGACCUAAGAAUGAAAUUGCGUGACAUACGCUCCACCUCCAUCUAGCUCAACUCUGUCAAGUGAUAGUUGUCGGAGAGUCACAAAGUCGUCGUUUUUUUGUUCUACCAGGUGAUAGCCAUUGAAGACAAUUUGACGACUCAUUUCAUUGAUCUUUAAAUUUUUAUAGGAAGAUCUAGAGAUUGCUCACAUCGACUUUGUCUAAUAUGAGACUUCUAAGUUGUGAAUAAUAUAUAAUAAUAUUCUUGAAUACUUAAGAUUUUAAUACAUCAUUGACGUAUGGCUGCCGCAAUACUAGAUCUUUAUUUUCUUUAUUUUUAACUUAAUUUUUACUUUAUUUAAAAAUAAUUUAUGUGAUAUAAAAUUUUUAAACUACUCUUCAUUCAAUUACGAUUCUUUUGGUUUUUACAUAUAUUAAUUUAGUCAAUUAAAUCGUAUAUAAUCACUUACUUAAGAAUCAUCAGGUGGAACUCUAUUAUUGCCUGAUUUGCAUUCAUUAGUUGCUGACGUCAUCUUGACAUCCACGCCUUUAUUUCUCUUUUUGUGAAUUUUAAAUAUAUUUUACUUUCAUUUCUUAGUCUAAAAUUCAUAAAAAAAUAUAUUCUUUGAGACAAAUUCUGAAAUAUUACCCUAUAUUAUAUUACAUCCAUUUGAUCGACUGAUAAAAUUUUCACUAUUUUAGAACUUUUAUUGAAUUAUAAUUGAUAUAUUUAUUCAGAAAUACUUUUAAAUAUUUAAAAAUUACUAUUUUGUAGUUUUAUAAAUUUUAAAUUUAUGUUAUUUAUUAUACAAUGACUAAAUCACGUCACCCACCUAAUGUCAAAAAAAACAAACAGAUGCUCCUCAAAAAAAGUAAAUAAAUUAUUCAUAUUAUUUGAUAAAUGUAGAAUUAAAAAUUUUAAAAAUAAAUUGAAAUUUAAAAUUAUAUAACUAUAAAAGAAUUCUUGAUACAUGAAAUUUUUAAUCAGUAAAAUAUUAAUAUAUAAUGAAUAAAUCAUCAACUGAUGAAAAUUUAAUAAUAGGAAUAAGGUUAAAAUAAAAAGGAAAUAGUUUCAAUAUAAGAGAAAUCAGUUUCACUAUUAAAGUGCCUCCUUUUCACAACACAUUUACAUUCCAGAAUUCAUGUCAUGUUUUGAACGAAAAUUAAUGAGUGCUAUCACUAUAUAAGUUGAUACAAUUUUCUGUCCUAAAACCUGAACAAGCUGAAAAAUAUAUAAAAUCCACGUUGAUUUUUAUAUUAAUUAAAUACUAAUUGCCGCUUAGCCCAAGUUCCCUUUGACAACAUGUUAUCCAAGGAUCGUAGUGAAUUCAAGGCACCUUUUCUUUCAUGUGAAAAUAUAUAAUAAAAAUUAUAUUUGUGAAGGAUUAUAACUCUAUUAGUAUGACAUGAUAUGAUCUAUUUUGAAUAAUUGAUCUCAAACAAAGUUCAGUUUCACACUGGUUCAAAAAUUGGCCCACUAAUAUAAUGUUUGGCUUAUGGGUAAACAUGGUUGGAAGAAGUUGUUUAAAUGAAUACUAAUUGAAGUUUCAAUGCUCACGUGCAAGCAAUAUGAGUUGACUUGAUAUUCAAUUGAGCUUUUGCAGAUUGCUUGGUUUGGCACUGCAAACUCCACCGUGUUAAUUAUGGAAGCUACUUUUACUUAUGAUGCUUAUACGGGAGAUUCUUCGCCUCUUGCUCACUCUCACUCUCUCUCAAUCAUUCUUUCAGCGGUUUCUCUCAUGUAGUGUAAAAUCUAUUAAAUGCUGAUAGCGAAAUGGUUUCUCUUCAAAAACCUCUUAGAGUCUCUAUCCUUCUGUAAGCAAUCUCUCCCACUCGGUAACUUCACCGCCUUUCUUCUCUGAUCAGACGUAUUCGUCCAUUUUCUCCUCGAGGAAGGGGAAGUAGAGACGCGUGGAAGGGGGGAGAGGAGAGGAAAUGAGAUCGGUCACCUUGGAUUUCUUCACAAAUCAUAGUUGCAUAAAAUAAAACUAAAAAUAGAAAGUAGAACUAUCAGAACUAUCUAAUUUAUAAAUUUCUUACAUCAUAUUGCAUACAAGAAAAAUUAAAUCAAUUAAAUUGAUUGAUACCUAAUAAGUCUACAUUAUCAUGAGUUAAUAAUUGAUAAAUAAUAUAGUUUUAGCCUUAACUCAUGAUAAAUAGACUUAUAUUUAUGUGAAAUUAUGAAAAGUUGUUUUCAUUUGAUUAAUGUGUUUUUUUGGCUAAUUAUGUGGAUUUAUACAAUUUUAUAUGAUUUUUAUAAUCUUAUUUUUGAGAUAAAUGAAGAUGAAGAAAAUAAAAUAAAAUAAAUAGAAAAAGGGGGAAACUCGCCGACAAGCUGGGCCCCCAAGUAGGUCAGUAGUGUAGUUGGGGAAGAGCUGCAAGCAGAGGCUUGAGCGGCUAUGAACCGAUAGGGACACGUGCCUGCCACUCUCCUUCCAUGUCACCAGUGGCCAACUAGCUGUGGGGCAAAGAGUGGUUGUACACGCAGGAGAAAAGCUCAAUUGAAUAUCAAGUCAACUCGUGUUGCCUGCACAUGAGCGUUGAAACUCCAAUUAGUAUUCAUUCAAACAACUUCUUCCAACCAUGUUUACCCAUAAGCCAAAUAUUAUAUUAGUGGGCCAAUUUUUGAACCAGCAUGAAACUGAACUUUGUUUGAGAUCAAUUAUUCAAAAUAGAUCAUAUCAUGUCAUACUAAUAGAGUUAUAAUCCUUCAAAAAUAUAAUUUUUAUUAUAUAUUUUCACAUGAAAGAAAAGGUGCCUUGAAUUCACUACGAUCCUUGGAUAACAAGUUGUCAAAGGGAACUUGGGCUACGCAGCUAUUAGUAAUUAAUUAGUAUAAAAAUCAAUGUGGAUUUUAUAUAUUUUUCAGCUUGUUCAAGUUUUAGGACAGAAAAUUAUGUCAACUUAUGUAGUGAUAGCAAUCAUUGAUUUUCGUUCAAAACAUGACAUGAAUUCUGGAAUGUAAAUGUGUUGUGAAAAGGAGGCACUUUAAUAGUGAAACUGAUUUCUCUUAUAUUGAAACUAUUUCCUUUUUAUUUCAACCUUAUUCCUAUUAUUAAAUUUUCAUCAGUUGAUGAUUUAUUCAUUAUAUAUUAAUAUUUUACUGAUUAAAAAUUUCAUGUAUCAAGAAUUCUUUUAUAGUUAUAUAAUUUUAAAUUUCAAUUUAUUUAUUUAUUUUUUAAAUUUUCAUUCUACAUUUAUCAAAUAAUAUGAAUAAUUUAUUUACUUUUUUUGAGGAGCAUCUGUUUGUUUUUGUUGACAUUGGGUGGAUGACGUGACUUAGUCGUUGUAUAAUAAAUAACAUAAAUUUAAAAUUUAUAAAACUACAAAAUAGUAAUUUUUAGAUAUUUAAAAGUAUUUAUGAAUAAAUAUAUCAAUUAUAAUUCAAUAAAAGUUCUAAAAUAGUGAAAAUUUUAUCAGUCGAUCACAUGAAUGUAAUAUAAUAUAGGGUAAUAUUUCAGAAUUUGUCUCAAAGAAUAUAUUUUUUUAUGAAUUUUAGACUAAGAAAUGAAAGUAAAAUAUAUUUAAAAUUCACAAAAAAAGAGAAAUAAAGGUGUGGAUGUCAAGAUGAUGUCAGCACCCGAUGAAUGCGAAUCAGGCAAUAAUAGAGUUCCGCCUGAUGAUUCUUACGUAAGCGAUUAUAGACGAUUUAAUUGACUAAAUUAAGAUAUGUAAAAGCCAAAAGAAUCGUAAUUGAAUGAAGAGUAGUUUAAAAUUUUUCUAUCACAUAAAUUAUUUUUAAAUGAAGUAAAGAUUAAGUUAAAAAUAAAAAAAAUAAAGAUCCAAUAUUGCGGUAGCCAUACAUCAAUGAUGUAUUAAAAUCUUAAGUAUUCGAGAAUAUUAUUAUACAUUAUUCACAACCUUGAAGGUCAUCUUGGACAAAGGCGAUGUAGACAAUCUCUAGAUCUUCUUAUAAAAUUUAAAGAUCAAUGAAAUGGGUCGCCAAAUUGUCUUCAAUGGCUAUCACUUAGUAGAACAGAAAAAUGAUGACUUUGUAACUCUCUGACAACUAUCACCUGACGGAGUUGAGCUGGAUAGAGGUAGAGCAUAUGUCAUGCAACUUUAUUCUUAGGUCCAUGCAGCAAGAGAAGGCUUGUCAUUAUAUUUUGUAUGCUCUCAAGAGGUGACGACUCGUCUCUUGGCGGAUCGUCUUCUUCCCGACGACAGCUUGCUCGCCGAUCAAUCGGAGAUGAUUUACUUGAUAGAUUUGCGAUCCUUUUAUCACGAAUCAUUCAAUAAUUUUAGUAACAAUAUUCUGCGAAUCGCAUUGAUGAGAUUUUUGCCAAUGAUUAAGUGAUUAUGGUGGCUUAAUUGUUCACCAAAAAUUUACAUAAAAAGUACAAUUUAAUCAGAGAAAAAUAUGAGUUUUAGCUCUAGUAGAAUUCAAACCCUCGUCAAUAGUAUGUCAGUAUGAGAGAGAGAAAAAUAAGUUAUCAAAUAUCUUUAUAUAGUACAUCAUUGUGAUAUCUCGUUGUUGUAAAUAAGGGGUAUUAUGGGUAUUAAAAUCAUCAAAAAUAUUUAAUGAUCCUUGAUUUAGUCCCACAUUAGUUAUACGUCAAAUUUUGAGAUGAACAUAUAGUAAUACGAGAUUUAAGAAUUAAUUGGUCCAUUUCUCACAUGUGUACGAUCGCUCCUUGUCCCACGCACGACAGACCACUAGUGAUGUGGACAAGGAGUGACACACAUGUGCCCUCAAUCGGUCACCCUUAGCUGCUUGACAUGACUCAGUCGUUGUAUAUUAAAUCACGCAAAUAUUAAAUUUAUAAAACUAGAAAAUAUGAUUUUUUGGAUAUUUAGAAGUAUUUAUGAAUAAAUAUAUUGAUUAUAAUUCAAUAAAACUUCUAAAAAUAGCGGUAAUUUUCCAAGUCGAUAACAGGGAUGUAAUAUAAUAUAUGGUAAUUAUUCAUAUUUUUUUUCAAUGCAUACAAUUUUCUAUGAAUUUUAUACUAGGAAAUGAAAAGGAAAUCUAUUUAAAAUUAACGAAAAAGGGAAGUAAGGGUGCGGACGUCAUGAUGAUGUCAGCGCCUGGCGAAUGCGAAUCAAGCAGAAACAAAGUUCCACCUGGCGAUUCUUACGUAAGUAAUUACAGACGAUUUAACUGAUCAAAUUAAUAUCUAUAAAAGUCAGAAGAAUUGUAAUAGAACAAAGUAUAUUUUGGUAAAUUAAAAUCACAAAAACUAUCACUAAAUGAAACGUAAAGUAAGUUGAAAGUAGGAAAAUAGAGUUCCAGCGUCGCGAUGACGAUGCGUCGGAAUCCUGAGCAUUCGGGAGGAUCGUUGUGCAAUAUCCACAGCCUCGAAGGCUCUCCUUGGACAAAGACGACGUGGGCAAUCUCUAGAUCUUCUUGCGAAGUCUAGAGAUCACUGAAAUGGGUCGUCGAGUCAUCUUUGGCGGCUGUCACCCGGUGGAGCGGAAAAAUGACGACUUUGUGGCUCUUCGGCGGCUGUCACCCGACGGAGAGGAGCUGGAUGGAGGUGGGGCACAUGUCAGGGAGCUUCAUCCUCAGGCCCACGCAGCAAGAGGAGGCUCUUCAUCGCAUCUAGUACACUCUCAGGAGGUGGUGACUCGUCUCUCGAUGGAUCGCCCUCUUCCCGACAACGCCUUGUUCGUCAAUCAAUCGGAGAUGAUUUACUCGAUGGAUUCGUGAUCCUUUUAUUGCGAAUCAUUUAGCAAUUUUAGUAGCAAUACUCUGCGAAGCGCAUUGACGAGAUUUUCGCUGUUGAUCCAACAAUUCUCAUUACUUAAUCCUUCGCCGGCGAUCUGCAGGAAAGUCACGAUAAUCAGAUAAAAAUAUAUGAAUUUUGACUCUGGGAGGAUUCGAACCUGCGCCGGUCGCCUCGCCUCUUAUGAGGAAGGUGUGACGCGGGUUUAGUCCCACAUCGGUUGUGCACCGAUUUUUCGGGCAAAUAUAUAAUAAUGUUAGCUUUGUAAGCAAAGUCCCUUCUCUCGCGUGUACGACCACUCCUUGCCUCACAGUUGGCUGGCCACCGGUGACGUGGAAGGGGAGUGGCACACACGUGCCUUAUCGGUCCAAGCCAAGCCGGGGCUCGCGGCUACUCCCUGA